AUGCACAUCGGAUAUUUCACAGAGCGGCCUUACCAGGACCCGGAUUCCGGGUACUUCGGCGCCACCGGCAAGCCCAUCAUGGACUUGACCGUCAGUAACGAGAUAUAUGACCCGAAGCUGGGUGCCGAGCUGUACAACCGCUAUCUGGACGAGAAGAUCUACGCGGAAGAGAUGGGCUUCGACGGCCUGAUGCUCAACGAACAUCACGGCACGCCCUUCUGCAUGGGCGGUGCCAUGAAUGUGGAGGCGUCGAUCCUUGCCCGCAUUACCAAACGGGCCAAGAUCGUGCUGCUGGGCAACAUCAUUCCCAUCUGGGACGACCCUCUGUGGCUGGUAGAGCAGUUGUCGAUGAUCGACAUGAUCUCCCGCGGACGGCUGGUCUCCGGCUGGGUCCGGGGUACCGGGCGCGAGAGCGUAGCGCAUAACGCGCCGCCGCCAUACAACUGGGAACGCUUCCAGGAGGCCCACGAGUUCAUCGUCAAGGCCUGGACCACCCCCGGCCCGUUCCGCUGGGAGGGCAAACACUACCAGUACCGGCACGUUAACCCGUGGGCGCGGCCCUUCCAGAAGCCCCACCCGCAGGUCUGGUUGCCCGGUGUCAUCAGCCGGGACUCGCUGAUGUGGGCCGCUGAAAAGCGGAUCCCCUACAUCAUGCUGUCCACUGAGCUAGAGCCGACCAAGGCCGCGUUCCAGUUGUACCAUGACACUGCCGCCGAGUUGGGAUACCAGUCUGGCCCGCAGAACCUCGGGUACCUGUGGAAGGUCCACGUCGACGAGACCGAGGAACUGGCCGAGCAGGCCGGGCGCAAGUUCGUGCAGGGUCCGAGCAACCCCUUCCUGGCGGGCAACGAAGGCACGACCAACCCGGCGCUGGUCAACCUGCCCGGCCUCACCUCCCGCCGACGCGUUCUGCCGACACAGGGCAGCGCCACUGCGGCCCGCGGCGGCCCCGCCGGCCCAGCGGGCGUCUUGGGCCGCGCAUAUGAGCAGCAGAUCGCCGACUACACCAUCAUCUGCGGCACGCCGAAGACGGUCAUUCCCAAGAUCCGCCACGUGCUGGAGUUCCUGCGUCCCGGCAGCGUCUUCUUCUGGGACGGCGAUGGCGCCAUGACCCACGACGACGCCAUGCGCAGCCUGCGCCUGAUGGGCGAGGAAGUGAUCCCGGCAGUCAAGGAGAUCGCCAAGGAACUGGAGCUUCCCAGCUCCUUCGAGGUCAACCCGUCCACUGGCAAGCCCUACCCGGAGGAGUCCGACGUGGCGGCCACCGCCAGCGCCGAGGGCGGUCACAACGCCGAUUAG